AUGAGAAGGUCAGUCGAAACAAACCUUCCAUGCCGUCGAUUUUCACUGGCUGAGAUCAAGACAGCUACCAAUAACUUCGAUGAUAAUUUAGUAAUUGGUGAGGAUCGUUAUGGGAAGAAAGUAUACAAGGGGUUUAUUGAUGACCGUACCAUAAGCGUUGCAGUAAAGCGUACGGAUUUAAUGUCGGGUAAGAACGAGGUGCUGUUCCUUUGCCAGUUACACCACCCCAACCUCGCCCGUCUCAUCGGAUAUAUUUUCGAUAAAUGCGAGAUGAUCACAGUCUACGAAUUCAUGGUGAAUGGAAACCUCGGCGACCACAUUUACGCCACUAAACGCCAUGAACCCCUCCCGUGGAAACAAAGACUCCAGAUUUGCAUUGGAGUGGCGCGUGGACUGCACUACCUUCAAACUGGGCUGAAGCAUUGUAUUUACCACCGUGACGUGCACCCGAGAAGCAUUCUUCUGGACGAGAAAUGGGAGGCCAAGUUGGGAGCUUUCGAGAUUUCCGAGAUGGGUCCCCCUAGCUUGUCAAAGGCUCAAUUAAAAUGGAAUUUGUGGGAGUAG